AGGACGGGCACCAUAUCGAUGAAACAGGGAUUAGAAACGCAUUUUUGUAUAAUGUUCGAAAGAAAUUGAUUGUUUAGAGGACAUGUCCUACUCACACAUCAACCGAAGGUUCUAGAAUGGUCAUGUGAUGUGGUUUGACCAGUUGUGUUGCAUUUUGAAAAAUACCCUGGGUUACCCGUGAUUUUUUUUUAAACAAAUGCCUCUGUAGCUGUCAAACUAUCUAGGUUACUACAUCGAAAAAAGGACGUGAAUGUCGGUGAGCUUACGGUGAACCGAUGUUUGAUGUUAGUAGGAUAUUUGUGUUUAAGUAAAACUAAAUCCUGUCCCACGCUAUAGAAUAAAUCAAGUACUGAAUGUAGCACGUGAACUGGUUUGACCAAUCACCGAUCGACUUCUGAACUGAAGUGUAUAAAUAUGAGGCGGUUGCCCAUAGAGACGUCCGCCAUUGAAGACUGGUUUUCAACGUACUUAAUAUUGUUUAAACCUUGUAUUGGUUUUUAUUCGUUAAAAGGCAAAAAAUAGCACCGUUUUUAUCCACCGCAUCAUCUGCGAAAGUCUCAUUGGGCAUCCUUCCAGCAGAACACGGUCGGCAAAGAGCGUCUGUCUCAGUUCGGCAGUAAAAACAAUCUUGUGCCAGAGACGGAGAGUGGUCUUGGAGGAAUAUGUGUGAGAGCUGAGCUACAGGAAACAAGUGCCGCUCUGAACUCCUACCCUGUGUCUACCGACCUUUGGACUGCACCACGAUGACAGAUGCCGUAUGUCCCCCAAUGUCCAUGGUGGGAGGCGUGAACCCUCCUCCCCCGGAGUUCAACAAUCCCAAGAAGCCCGGCCGCAUCACAAACCAGCUGCAGUACCUGGAGAUGGUGGUGGUCAAGGUCCUGUGGAGACACAACUUCUCCUGGCCUUUCAGGACGCCUGUGGAUGCUGUCGGACUGCACAUUCCAGAUUACUAUACAAUUAUCAAGACGCCAAUGGACUUGAGCACCAUCAAGAAGCGUCUUCAGAAUAAUUAUUACUGGAAAGCGAUGGAAUGCAUAGAAGACUUCAACAAACUGUUCACCAACUGCUAUGUAUAUAAUCGGCCUGGAGAUGACAUAGUUCUGAUGGCCCAGGCCUUGGAGAAGAUCUUCCUACAGAGAGUGGCUGAGAUGCCCCUGGAGGAGACUGAGCUAUCUGCCAUCACAACCAAGACCCCAGUGAAGGGUGGGAGGAAGUCCUCUGCUGGUAUGAUAAAGCUGAGGCCCCAGUCCCCUGUGUCUGAGGUGGUGUUCCAGCAGACGGUGACGGUCAUCCCUCUUGAGGCCCACCACACCAUCCCCCCUGCUGCCCAGCUCUCCUCUCAGAUAGCAGCCAAAAUCGAGAAGGGUGUGAAGAGAAAAGCAGGCGACGCCACCACGCCGACAGCCUCUUCUCCGAUCACCUGCUGCGAGUCGUCCCCAGUCGUCGACGGCUCGACGCCCUGUAAGCUGUUCUCCAGGCGGGGCAGCGGUCGGCCCAUCAAACCCCCCAGGAAAGACCUGCCUGAUUACCACCAGAGACAGAAUAGUAAGCUCUCGGAUCAGCUCCGCUUCUGUAACUGCAUCCUGAAGGAGAUGUUCACCAAGAGGCAUGCGGCCUACACCUGGCCCUUCUACAAGCCGGUGGAUACGGAGGCCCUGGGUCUACACGACUACCACAACGUCAUCAUGCAGCCCAUGGACCUGGGCACCAUACGGAAAAAAAUGGUUGAACGUGAAUACAUGGAUGCCCAGGAUUUUGCUGCUGAUUUCAGACUCAUGUUCUCCAACUGUUACAAAUACAACCCACCCACCCAUGAGGUUGUUAUUAUGGCAAGAAAACUCCAGGAUGUGUUUGAGGAGCGCUGGCUGAAGCUUCCAGAUGAGCCGGUGAGGAGGGUGGGUGGGCCAGGACACCACGGUCACCACAGGGACAAGAGAGGGAGAGGAGAUGGGCCUGAGAGCUCCUCCAGCACAGGCAGCAGUACCGGCGAGAGCUCCUCAGAGUCCGAGUCCUCCUCAGACUCUGAGGAGGAAGAAGAGGCCAGAGCUCUACGGUUGGCUAAGCUAGAGGAACAGUUGAAAGCGGUGCACGAUCAGCUGCAGAGACUCACCCAGGAGCCCCUGCUCAAACCAAAGAAGGAGAAAUCAAAGGAGAGAAGAAAAAAGGAAAUGAGUCGAAGACCGAAGCAUGAAGACUUAUGUAAACCCAAAAUACAGAAGAAGUGCAUUAACAAGGGAACGCCAUCUGUGCACGGCAAGAGGAGGAAGAUGGCUCUCCCUGUGGUGCCCUAUGAGUCUGAGGACGACGAGGUGCUAGCGGUGCCCAUGUUGUACGGUGAGAAGAGGCAGCUGAGCCUGGACAUCAACAAACUGCCGGGGGACAAGCUGGGCAAGGUGGUGAACAUCAUCCAGGGCAGGGAGGCCUCGCUCCGUGACGCCAACCCUGAGGAGAUAGAGAUCGACUUUGAGACCCUCAAGCCCUCCACACUCAGGGCCCUGGAGAGCUUCGUCACGACCUGCUUCAGGAAACGGCCCAAGAAACCCAACCUGAAUAAGCUGGUGAAAGCCAAAGGAGAGAUGCAGACUGUGAAGGAGCUGGAUGCAGGGAAACCUCGCCAGAGUAUUACCGACGAGCCGAGCUCACUGGCCAAGAAGAAAAAGGCAACAAAUGAGCCCCCUAUAGCUCCUCCUGUCCCAGACUUGGCCCGGCUGUCCCGUCUCAGUGAGAGCAGCAGCUCUUCCUCCUCCGUAUCUGACCGCUCCAGCAGUAGUAGUGAUUCUAGCACUUCUGAUAGCAGUGACUCUGAAUCAGUAAAGAAAUCUGAGAAGAAAAAGAAAUGCAAAGACACUCCACACAAGUUCAAGGUCAAGAAUGCCAAAAAGAAGAAAUCUGCUAAGAAAGACCCAGUGUCGGAGUCCUCUCUCCAGACCAGCCAGCCCCCGCCUGCCUCUGCCUUGCUAGUCCCAGCAGUAGUAACAAAAGACCUGCCUCCUCUAGAGCUACUCACGUCUCCCCCAGCCUUACACAGCCGCCUGCCUCCGCAGCCUUCAAGACCAAGUGCCAAAGCAGCACCACUACCUCGCAAAAACAGGGUGGCCCCCCUGCAGCUCACUGACAGUCAGCCCCAACAACAGCAGGACCUACUGGUCCCCUCUGAGAGCCCCACUACUCCCUCUCUCACUCCCCCUUCUUCCUGUGACCCCACUCUUACUCUGCCCACAGACCCACUCAACACAACAGCUGCACUCACACACGCACCUCCCUCCAGCCUGCUCUGUUCCCUUCAAACCCCUCCCUCUCCCAUAGAACUCCUCCCCUCUCCUCGGUGUCGAUCACUAGCCCAGACACAGGAGGUGAAAACUGGGCCACCUGAUAGGGCACAACAGGAAGGUCUGUAUGCGCUGUUGACCCCUCUGACCUCUCCUCCUGCAGUUUUACUACAGGCUGCUGAUAGCAGAUAUGAGCAGCAGCCGUGCCCAGUGCUGUUGUCCCCUCUACAAGACAGCCCAUUACAGCCAGUGAAGGAUGAAGGGAGGCUCUCUGAAGCACUGGGGGAGACCCAUUCCAAGAUUCUGCAGAAACAGCCUUAUCCCAGACACUCUGAUAUUGUGUUUGAUGUUGGAAACACCAGCCUCUCUCAUCCAGCUAAUAAAGCCCCUGCAGAUGGAAAAAGCACACCUGCCAAAAAGGAUAUUGUCCUGAAGAACGCAGACUCCUGGGCUAGUUUGGGGAAGAUAGCCAUUUCCACUCCCUCCACGGUGAAGUCUUCAAAGGAGAGCUUUGAUAAGUUCCGCAGGGCAGCCAUUGAGAAGGAGGAGAGAGAGAGAGCUCUCACUCUAAAGAGGACGCAGAUGAAGGCUUCAGGGAAGAGCAGCCUGACCAUGCCAGUAUCGUUGCCAGUGGCAGUACCAGUGCCACCUAGAGCUGCGGAACAAGAGCACCUUCCAUGUAGAACUCCGGCGCCAGAGCCAGCAGAGAUCCCCAUGCCGACGGAGGCAAUCGUGGAGCCUCAGCCUCCUAGAGCUCCAGAGCCCCUGAAAGAGGAGCCUCCAGCGGCUGCCUCAACCCCACCUCCGCCCUUCACUACCCAGACCUCUGUAGACGGAGAGAGGGAGAUGGCCCGCAGGAGAGAACAGGAGCGACGCAGACGAGAGGCUAUGUCUGGUGUCAUUGACAUGACAAUGCAGAGUGACAUCAUGGCAACAUUUGAGAAGAACCUGGACUAAAAUAAAAUGGCAGCAGACCAUGCAGCUGGUGACUGACGUCUGUCUUCUGUUGUUGUUGGACAAUAAAUAAUAGAGCUUGUUGUUUUAGUAAACGACACCCUAGGCGCCUUCUCUCCCUCCAGACACUGGCUGUCUGAACCAACCACGCUGCAUCUAGAUGACGGAAACGGGUCAUUGUGCCUGUGUCCCAAAUGACAUCCUAUCCCCUAUAUGGUGCACUACUUUUGGGCCUGAUUGGCCCUGGUCAAACGUAAUACACACACACAAAAAAUGGAAUAGAGUGCAAUUUGGGAUGCAGGCUAUUAUUAUCCUUAACAGGAGAAGCAUGUACUGUAGCAUGGCAACCUCACAUGACAUAACCCCAGUACAUUUUAGUAUUGUUGUAAGAAGAUGCUGUAAAAUAUUGAUAUUGCAAAAAAAUAUACAGUACCAGUCAAAAGUU